GGUAUGUUCUGUGGCAAAUAGCUGGCAACACUGGUUGCAACCAGAAUACGCGCGCAGGGGGGAUAUUUAGUGGAUCCGCGUGCCCCAGAAAGUGAGGUUAGUUGUGAGGAAGCCACUUUGCCGAGCCGCCGGCACGAUUUUGGGGCCAGCAUGGACAACAAGGACGACGUGUUUUUCCAUAUUUCCAUCCACUAUCCCCCCGCCCUGCGGUGGGCUACGCUGCUUCUGUUCGCGGGUGGACUUGCAUGGCGAUACGUUUUCACGCAAGCGAACUGCUGGUAUUGCAACAAAAACACGCGCGUGCUUUGCAGCUGGCACAAGCGGUUUGUUUGCCCCAACUGCGAGCAGUACAACGGCUUCGACAAGGACGGCGGCUACGACCGGGUGAUCGAGGAGCAGCAUCGCGAGGCCCCCGGGGCCGGCAAUGGGGGCCCGCCCCCCCAAAACGGGCUUUGUGAGCCGUGCAACCGCAACCAGGAGAUGAGGGUGCGCCACUUGGCCGACUUCGUGCCCCUCAGGGAGUGGGACUACGACCGCGAAGUCGAGCACUUUGAGAAGCAGCUCGAGAAGAGUUUCGGCCUGUGCGGGGCCUGCGAAGCCCUGGUUAAGGCCACCAUUCGGCAGCAGAACGCCUGGAUCUUCGGCAACAUGUUGCGCAGCUCCGGCAGGGUACAUCGGCGCAUCCGCCGCACCGUCAGCCCCCUGGCCGCCCUUCUGCUGCUGCUGUCGCUGGGGAGCUGGGGCUGCUUCUGGGGGCUCCUGCCCCAUGCCGUGCCGUUGCCCCCCGAUCUGCAGCAGGCCAUCGGCGCCGUUCCCCCCCUGCUCCUGCUCACGGCGCUGGGGUUUACGGUGGAGGCGCUGUUGGGGCGCAGCCCCAACCUGCUCAAACUCAACAACUUGCUGGCGUGGGGCGUGCUGGGCCUCACGGGGGCUGCGCCCUUCACACCGUCGGCCGCCCUGUAUCGGGACACGCUCCAGGUGUUCUGCUCCCUCUAUCUCAGCUACGCCUACGGCUCCGCCUGCCUGACUACGCCCCGCCAGAAAAAGAAGAGGAGGCGAGUCGUGGGGGACCCCACUGCUGCCACCGCCUGCCAUCCCCAGCUGCCACCGCAGCCCCAAAAGCUGCCGCCCGAGCUGAACGAACACUUCAACGAGCUGAACAUCGGCCCGCCCACGGCGCCUAAGGCUCGCCCAGCCUCCCCCAACCCCUUUGGCUGGGACUGUGGGGCGGGGGGCGACGCCCACGUGGUGGAGCGGCCGCCCAGGACGCUGCUGUCCCCCUCCCGCCUAGGCCACGUCACCGCCUACCCGGACGCCCCCUUUGUGAUUGGCCAGAUGCGGACGCGCUACGUUUCGGGCUUCUACGGCGAGGGCCCCUAUUGGACGCCGGUCUACACUGCCAAGGCCCACUACUUCUAAGUCUAAAUCAAUUACACUGUUAAACGAUUGCAUUCAUAUAUUUCUGAACAAAAAACUUAA